GAAGAAGAAGAAGAAGAAGAACCGAGUGAUGCCUCUUAGUGUCGCUCAGACGAUCUUUGCUCUGUUCGUCUUUUUGCUGUGAAGUUGUAGCCUUUGAUUCGAAGAUGUUGGCGAACAGAAUAAUCGGAUCUUGUGUUUUCGGACUGAGAAAUGUGUCUGGAAGAGGACGGCUGCUCUCUGCAGCUACUGCGAGAUUUAAGCACAAUAAGUCUGAGGAGUUCAGGCAGCCUGCAUCCUCACGCCGACCUGAGACCUCCAGCGCCAAAUCCCUGAUGGACAUCGGGACCCGCCGGAUCUUCAACGAGGACCAUGACCUCUUCAGACAAAAUGUGCGGCGCUUCUUCCAAGAGGAAGUGGUGCCAUACCACAAAGAGUGGGAGAAGGCAGGUCAGGUGAGCAGGGAGGUGUGGGAAAAGGCUGGUGAGCAAGGUCUGCUGGGAGUAAUGACACCAGAGGAGCAUGGUGGUAUAGGAGGAGACCUGUUUUCUGCAGCUGUCACAUGGGAGGAGCAAAUGUAUUGCAACUGCACAGGCCCAGGUUUUGCACUGCACUCUGACAUCGUCAUGCCCUACAUCGUCAACUACGGCAGCAAGGAACAGAUCAAACACUUCAUCCCAAAGAUGACCGCUGGGAAAUGUAUCGCUGCCAUCGCCAUGACUGAGCCAGGAGCAGGCAGUGACCUUCAGGGUGUGAGGACGUAUGCCAAGAAGGACGGCAGUGACUGGAUCCUCAACGGCAACAAGGUAUUUAUUACAAAUGGUUGGAUGGCCGACCUGGUGGUGGUAGUGACAGUGACCAACCGUGAGGCGAAGACGGCAGCACACGGGAUCAGUCUGUUCCUGGUGGAGGAGGGCAUGAAGGGCUUUCACAAAGGGCGGAAGCUGGAGAAGAUUGGCCUGAAAGCCCAGGACACAGCUGAGUUAUUCUUCGAGGAUGUGCGCCUCCCAGCUGAUGCCCUCUUAGGAGAACUCAACAAAGGUUUCUAUUACCUGAUGAAUGAACUCCCACAGGAGCGUCUGCUGAUUGCUGACAUGGCCAUAGCGAGCUGUGAGUUCAUGUUUGAGGAAACCAGAAAUUAUGUAAUGCAGCGGAAGGCUUUCAGCAAAACAGUCGCUCACCUUCAGACUGUGCAGCACAAGCUAGCAGAGCUAAAGACUGAGAUCUGUGUGGGUCGAGCCUUCCUGGAUAGCUGCCUUCAGCUCCAUGCUGAGAAAAGCCUGGAUCCCGCCACAGCCUCCAUGGCCAAGUAUUGGGCGUCUGACCUCCAGAACAGAGUGGCUACUCAGUGCCUGCAGCUCCACGGAGGCUGGGGUUACAUGUGGGAAUACCCCAUCGCCAAGGCAUUUGUGGACUCACGAGUUCAGCCUAUCUACGGAGGAACCAACGAGAUCAUGAAGGAGCUCAUCGCCCGCACCAUCGUCAGCCAGAAGUGAAACUGGGUUGUUGUUUUUCUUUAAUCUUGUUUUUUUUUGAGAUUUAGAAAUUCAGAAUCUUCGGGUACAAUGUAAAAAGAAUGGAUCUAGUGUAGCUACAAACACUGGGAACGUUAUCGAUGUCCUGAUGACAGCUGUGAUGUGAACACCAGUACGUCCACUGGUUUAAUCAUACUUGAAAUUUUCAGAUCGAUAAAGGGAAUAAAAGAACACUGUUUGCUUUUUGCUUUAAUUCUGUAAAUGUUCAACCACUUCAUCCCAGUUUAGGAUCUAUGACUAUUCAUUCACUGACAUGUAAUUGUCUUUUUAAAUUCAGCUCUAUUCCCCUUUAUGCCCCUUUUAAAGAGAGGUUUUGAGCAGCAGGUGGGCGGAGCUUCUGCACUCAUAUAUGUAAUAAGGAUGGACAUACACUGACCUCAUGAGUUAAAUCUUUGGACAUAAUAAUAAUAAUUUUAGCAUUCAGCAUUGCUACAGUAUACAUAUGACAGGGAAUACGGAGAAUCUUCUUUAACAAAGUUUGUCAGCAAUGCCUUGUUUUAGCAUUGAUAAUGUGGCCAGUCUGCAUCAGAUUAAAGAUAUCUGAUGUAAUUUCCCUUAUAGGAGGUUUUCUUUUUUAAAAUCAGUGUUUGUUAGUAUGGAUUUAAAUGCCUGCUUUCAUAAUCUGCCACUCUCAGUUAAUUUACAAACGGCAUGAACAAUGUUUUAACACAAGACACUCAUUGUAAAUUGAUUUAUUUUCCAAUGAAAGUCUUUGAAAUGCUUAUGAUUGUUGUCCUGUGUCACGGAAAUAUUUAAUUAAAAACAAUGUCAAAGUGCAUGAAGCACUAACUUUGUGCCAGUGGUUAUCAGCUCUUGUUUGUGAGUGUCAUGAAUGUAAUGAAAUAAAUGACACGGAGUGUGACUGAGAAGGGAGACUCUUCUAAAUGCCAAUUUUAGAUUCUGUACAUGGAAAAUCCCCCAGAUUUUUGGAAGAAGUCCUAGCCUUUUUAACAUUUUUGAGCCCUCGUAACGUCUUAAAAGCAGGAUAUAUCUAUUUGAAAUGUUCAGGCUUGAAAAUAUAUUUAAGCUCUUAAAAGCUACAAUCAAGACAAAAAUUUUCACAUGUUCCAAGUUUAAGAAUUCAAGACAGGCAGGUCAGGUAAGCAGGGAGGUGUUUUACCUCUCGAAGAUCCUCUGAAGUUUCAGAAACAUCUUUCGGAUAAGGUUCCCUGAUGUGUUAGCUUCAGGGAACAUCUAGUGACAGCUUAUUGAAAGUUAUGUCACUCUACGAGUCUCUCUACAUACAGCACAGAUCGUAGUAGGUUUAAGAUCAAUGGGGUGGAACUUUCUGCAUGACUACAUAAACAUGAAUUAUGAAUUACUGGCAAGUGUUAAUUAUAAUUAACUCAGUUUUGUGCAUACUUGCAUUCUUAAUUCAUCAGUUAUGGGUUGUUUUAGUUAAACAUCAAAUUAAAGAUGUCUGCUUUAAAUGCCCCACUGAUUUAUGCUGCAUAUACUAUGCUUAAUAAUAUGGCAGUGUCAGCAUCUUCAGCGUAUUGACUUACUUCCAUCAGUAGGUGGCAGUAAGGGACUGCUCAAACCUGGAGGAGCCCAUGAGAAA